AUGAUCAUGCAAAGCGAUUGGAAGGACCACCGCCUCCAAUUUUGUAUGGACGACAUCCCUCAGGAAGAGAUUGGACCCCCAAAGAAAGGCAAAAAACGACCUGGACCUUUUUCUAGCACGAGCUUGACGCAAGGAAUAUGUCAGACGCCCGGAAAGAAUAGUCACAUCGAAGACCUGGUCAAAAGCCUCAACUCGUUUCGCUCGUCGAUGAGUCACUUGGGCCUCAUGUUUGUGGGUUAUGCGAUGGAUCACGCCUUCUGGUUUCCCACUAUGUGUUUCGAAGGAUGGCUGAGGCUGAAUUCUGAUAUCCUUACAGGCUCUUGGGUACAGCCUAAUGAGGUCAGAGAUGCGCUACAAGAUUUCUUGACGCAUGAAGGUCAGAACCAUGUGACCAUGAAUAUCUUCACGCGAAGCCAUGAAAACGACGUUCAGGAUGGAGCAAGUGUCCUUCAGCUGUUUGAGAUAGCGGAGUGUGAGCGUCAACGCUUCGGGAAAGCGUACAAGGCACUGCAAGAACUGAACGAUCGCACGCGCACUGGAUCACCAGACCCUAAGGUGUCCCCACAAGAAUUCUGCCACCAGCCGCUCCAGUGUACUCCAUUGUAUCGCCCUCGCUCAGAGCCAAUACAUUCCUUAGGCAAUCUCCAAUGCAUUAGGACUUUCCUGCAUCAGCUGAUUGAAGCAGGGAAGAACGAUAUCGAAAUGAUGUCAGACUCGAAAAGGCGGUUCGAUGCCUGCUUCUUCAAAGUGAGCGAAUUGGCCCAUCAAAUAACACGACUCGAAAGUUUUCGGAGCAUGAUAAACGCAGAGGAUCGCGGUGAUAAGACGUAUGACACGGUGAUCAGCAUCCAAAUCGGGAAGCUAGAGCAAAGCCGAGAGAAUGAGAAGUGUGUCGGACAGACCAUAAUCUCAUCUCUCUUGAGUCACACCGAGACAACUCUUGAAGAGUUUAGGGAGCUUCUUAUGGUUGAUGAGCAUUACGGUGGAGAGCUUGAAUUUUUUUUGGGUCUAUGA